AUGCCCCAACAAGGCCCCCGCUCCUUAGCGUCCACGCGAAUCAGAAAACGCAAGCGUGAUGCGAGUCCUUCUGGACGUGUUGAAGACACCUCCCUGCCUCCCCCAGGCGCUCGCCCUUUCGUAGUUGUGGAGAUUGAAGGCUCAGACGUUGAGGACGAGCUUGAAAUCGAAAAGUCGGACGAGGAGACAGGUGUCGAGGAGGAGACAGGCGUUGAAGAGGAGACAGAUGUUGAGGAGUCGGUGUCUGAAUGGUCAGUUCGAGUGUUAGAAACCGAAGGAUCAGACGUCGAGGACGACGAACCUUUCGCGCCUGACCAGUAUCCGCCCGGCCUUCACUACUACGUCACACAACCGCCGCUGUACCAAUGCGCAGUGCCGCCGCGACAUCCCACGCAAAUCCUUGAAGCGCUGUGGAGGAUGUUACCAAGUCACUUAUUGUGGAGUGCCAACGAACGGAUUGGACAUUCCACAAGAAUGUCUGUCAGCCCAUUGCUAGUGGGCGGCAUACUCGUGCAAUCGCCAGGUUCAACUAUCGAUAUGGCCGUUAUAUCCACGCGAUCGCCCUCCAUACGCUUGCGUAUAUGGAGCUACCAGCAGGGCAUCGAGGCCAGGCCAUCUGGGAGAGAAGAAGCCACGCUCUCGCCGUUGUGCUCCACCUUCGCCAACACGCACAUACCGCACAUCACCACCCAUACCACGACUAUCGUCUCGCAUCCUGCUAUCACUUCCGUAUCCAACAACUUGAUAUAA